AUGUUGUGGCUAUUCUUGUACACGUUCACAUGUGUUUCGUGCCGUUUCUUUUUUUUUCUACUUUUGACUUCAUUUACCUUUUAUCUAUCUAUCUAUCUAUCUAUCUAUCUCUCUAUCUAUCUAUCUAUCAUAUUCUGUUCGUAUCUAUCUAUCUAUCAUAUUCUGUUCGUAUCUAUCUAUCUAUCUAUCUAUCUAUCUAUCUAUCUAUCUAUCUAUCUAUCUAUCAUAUUCUGUUCGUAUCUAUCUAUCAUAUUCUGUUCGUAUCUAUCUAUCUAUCUAUCUAUCAUAUUCUGUUCGUAUCUAUCUAUCUAUCUAUCUAUCUAUCAUAUUCUGUUCGUAUCUAUCUAUUCUAUCUAUCUAUCUAUCUAUCUAUCUAUCUAUUCUGUUCGUAUCUAUCAUAUUCUGUUCAUCUAUCUAUUCUAUCUAUCUAUCAUAUUCUGUUCGUAUCUAUCUAUCUAUCUAUCUAUCUAUCAUAUUCUGUUCGUAUCUAUCAUAUUCUGUUCGUAUCUAUCUAUCAUAUUCUGUUCGUAUCUAUCUAUCUAUCUAUCUAUCUAUCAUAUUCUGUUCGUAUCUAUCAAUCUAUCAUAUUCUGUUCGUAUCUAUCUAUCUAUCUAUAAUAUUCUGUUCGUAUCUAUCUAUCAUAUUCUGUUCGUAUCUAUCUAUCUAUCUAUCUAUCUAUCUAUCUAUCUAUCUAUCUAUCAUAUUCUGUUCGUAUCUAUCUAUCUAUCUAUCUAUUUAUCUAUCUAUCAUAUUCUGUUCGUAUCUAUCUAUCUAUCUAUCUAUCAUAUUCUGUUCGUAUCUAUCUAUCAUAUUCUGUUCGUAUCUAUCUAUCUAUCUAUCUAUCUAUCUAUCAUAUUCUGUUCGUAUCUAUCUAUCUAUCUAUCUAUCUCAAUAUAUUUAUAUCAAUAA